UGUACACUGACAUCACAGCAAACCUGAUAAAAGGAGAAAGAUUCAUUUGGCCCAUUCAAAAACAACACCAAACCUGUUACAAUUCCUGGCUGCCUCUUGCAAAACUUGCUGGAAUAAAACUGAAAAAUACAAUGAGUAAGACAACUGGAGAUCCACUGAGAGCUGUUGGAGUUGAUUUUCUCAGGGAUGACAACACUCGUCUUCAUCAUACCAAUGAGUUUUCCCAUAGUAGCUUAAUUGUGAGACGUGGACAGGAAUUUCAACUAAAAGUGACAUUUAGUAGGGAGCUGCAAGACAAUGACAAAGUCACUCUACAGCUGAGCAUUGGUCAAACACCAAUGCCAUCCAAUGGGACCUUCAUAACCCUGAAUGCAAGGGCACAACAAGAUGCUCAACCAUGGCAUGCUCACAUUUGUCAAACAAAUGGGAAGGAGUGUGUAAUAGUUAUAACCAGCCCAGCUGAUGCAAUCAUUGGAAAAUAUCUUCUGAAAGUGGAUACAGGAUCUAAUAUUUACAGUCCUCCUAAGAAUUUUAUCUAUAUUUUGUUCAAUCCUUGGAGUCAAGCGGAUUCUGUUUUUAUGCCGGAUGAUGAUGAAAGAGUGGAGUACAUCCUCAAUGAUACUGGCUACAUUUAUGUAGGAUCAGUAGCAAAUAUCCGUGGAAGACCAUGGAAUUUUGGGCAGUUUGAAGAUGAUAUUUUGGAUUGCUGUAUUUAUCUUCUGGACAAGAGUCAGCUCAAGUCGAGUGCUAGAAAGGAUCCAGUGAUCAUCUCCAGGGUCAUGUCAGCUUUGGUUAAUUCUGAAAAUGAUCGUGGAAUUCUGCAUGCAAACUGGACAGGGCAUUAUACUGGUGGUACAGCUCCUUUGGCUUGGACAGGAAGUGUCCCAAUUUUGCAACAAUAUUACAGAACACAAAAAAGUGUCCUAUAUGGUCAAUGUUGGGUUUUCUCUGGAGUGGUUACCACAGUUAUGCGCUGUCUGGGGAUUCCAUGCAGAAGUGUAUCAAAUUUUGCUUCAGCUCAUGAUACAGAGGAAAAUCUGAAAGUGGACAUUUAUUUGGAUGAAAAAGGAAGAAAAAUAGACUCAUUAACAAAUGAUUCAGUUUGGAACUUUCACGUAUGGAAUGAGGUCUGGAUGAAAAGACUGGACUUGCCCAAUGGCUUUGAUGGCUGGCAGGCAAUUGAUGCCACACCUCAGGAAAGAAGCCAAGGAAUUUACCAGUGUGGCCCAAGCCCAGUCAAAGCCAUCAAAAAUGGUGAAGUCUACCUUCCCUAUGACUCUAAGUUUGUGUUUGCAGCAGUGAAUGCAGACAAGAUUUUUUGGCGUGUAAAGAAUGAGAAGAGCACAAAAGACUGUGUCAAGCUGUGGGAAGAAAUUAAGGCAAUAGGAAAGAACAUCAGCACUAAAGCUGUUGGGAAGAACAUCCGUGAAGACAUCACUAGCCAAUACAAAUUUCUGGAAGGUACUCAUGAAGAAAGAAAAUCUGUGGAAACUGCUUACUCCUUCAUUUCAAAACUUUCAAGCCAUGAAUCUAUAUCACCUCCUAACCUCCUGAAGGCAAAUCUGAAACUUGGGGUGGAAGGAAAAUAUUCUUUGUGGCCUGGGCAGCCAGUUGACCUGAAUGUCACUGUAGAGAAUGAAUCUGUGGGGAGUUGGACUGGCUGCCUUGCUGCCUCUUGUCAGCUUGAAUCUUACACUGGGAAAGUAUAUGCAGACCUUUCAACAAUCAAGCAGAUUGUCCAGACUGAAGGCAAACCAGUUAUUCAAAUACCUUGGAAAAUAACAGCUGACACUUACAUGCAAAAAAUUAUGUCUACUGAGGAUGAACUUCUAAUCAAAAUAAAUAUUAUUACUGAAGUUCAAGAAACCAAUGAAAAAUUCACAAAACAGAUUAUUUUAAAUUUUGAGCAUCCACCUCUCAAAAUUGAGAUGGCAGACACUGCAAAGGUUAAUCAAGAUUUUACCUGUGCGUUUAUCUUCAAGAAUACUUUAUCUAUUCCAUUGGAAAACUGCAAGUUGUAUGUAGAAGGUCUGGGCAUUUUUAUGAUGGAAGUAUUUGAUCAAGGGAACAUAGAACCUGGUAAAAUCUUUAAAUCCAAAAUAGUGUGUGCUCCAAAGAAGACUGGACUGAAGAAGAUAGUGGCCAAACUGAAUUCUACUCAGCUAAAAGAAAUAACCGUGGAAAAAAUUAUUUCCAUCAUUGAAUAGUGAUGAUGGUAUUCCCAAAGAUCAUCACUUGGUGGCACUAGAGAUACAUGUUAUGAUUCAAGUUUCUAGAUUUUGCUUGCAGCCUUGAUUGUGGGCCAAAAGAUUAUAUACAGAUAAAAGAAUUUUAGUAGCUUCAGGGGAUUACUAUUUUGAAUUUAUCUAAUGGAGUUUUAAUAUGAUAUUGAAAUAUGCUUUUAUGUUUGCAGAGUUCUGACAGUUUAUGAAUAUUAAAGUCAUGAUAUGUGAAAUCUGAAAUUGGAAUAAUUUAGAAGGAAUUUUGUCUUCCUUUAGCUCUGUGGGGCUGGCAAUAUUUAUGCCUGCUCUUUUCAUUUUAUAAUUUGUAACUGUUCCUCACUGUAGGUCUAAUUGUUAAUAUGCAACAUGUUAUAAAGCUGCAUAUACUUUGUUCUUUCAUUUAGGUGGUGUUUGAUAUAUUAGGCUGGCUUCAAGCUUACUUCCACGACAGAGGUGGGUUUCAGCAGGUUCUGACCUGUUCUGGAGAACUGGUAGUGGAAAUUUUGAGUAGUUUGGCGAACCGGUAGUAAAAAUUCUGACUGGCCCCACCCCCAUCUAUUCUCUGCCUCCCAAGUCUCAGCUGAUUGGGAGGAAAUGGGGAUUUUGCGGUAACCUUCCCCUGGAUUGGGGAAGGAAUAGAGAUUUUAGAGUAUCCUUCCCAUGGCCACCAAGCCACACCCACAGAACUGGUAGUAAAAAUUUUGAAACCCACCACUGUUCCACGACUAAUGUAACUGGCAGAGAUUUCAAUAUUCUUUUCUACACAUGUACACUCUAUGAAUAUGGUUCCCAAUGAAGCACAAUUUAGUGCCUAAAAGUUCUUUAAGUGUUUAUAUCACCAAAAUUAAAUUAUGUCUUUUAGUUCUAAGUAUAUCCACAUACUCUACUUUCUCUACCACUUCUAGUUAUGAAUAAUUCCUAUCAAAUAAAAAUCAUGUUUUUUCAAUCAAUUCUUCUGCUAUUCCUUUUGUUACUUGCUUUGUAAUAAUUUUUAAAAUCUGUGUGUUGAUGUCCUUGCAACUGAUCAGUCCUUACUAGGAAAUAGGUAGAAGCAGUAUUAGAUAGAAAGAAUGGCUGUAUGACUGGGAAAUUUAUGAUUGUGUAAUUUUUAAAAAAAUAAGCUUCAUACAAUGCCUUGUGUAGAAGGUAUUUUCAAAUUUGAGAAGAUUCCCACAUUUGUAUGUUCUUCCCAAGUUCUCAAGAGUGAUCCUCUUUACUCACUAAAACCAACUUGAGUAGUCUGGACUGUCAUGUUAGUAUGGACAGACAGUCACGUUUUUUUCCAUAAGGAUAUGAAAAGGUUUUAAAUCAAUUAGAAGUCUUCAAUUAGAUUUCAUAUCACUUUUAGCUAAGAGAUUGGAGGAAUUGAGAACUAUUUCAGCCUUAUUUGCAGUUCAUUCAUUUAAGAGUGUUUUCAGUAUUAACACUCUUUCCUGUUGUGUUAAUAUAUCAGGUGGGAAUUAAGUGUUAAAAUGCACACUGAUACAUAUAAUUAUUUGUUUAAAAUUGGGUUGGGAAAGCUGUAGUACUCAAGUUAGGGAAUGCAGAAUGGUCAGUGUAGUUGUAAAACAAAAAUGAGUUUUUCAAUCUGGCAUGAAAUGAACUUGAAAAGGAUAACCAAAUAACCUAAAAAAAUCUCCACUUACACGUUCAAUACAGUGUUACAUAGAAUGCUGGAAUUAAAACAGAUCCUUCAUUAAUGAAAUCUGGCCACUGAGUUACGGUUACAGUGGUCAUAUCUGCAGUCUUGGCAGGAUUAGUCUGAGAUGUAUUUCCUGACUCUAGAGGUAUGUGAGGUAUUUCCAGUUCCUGUAAUAUGUAGAUAUAUACCUGUAAUGAUGGCUUGUUGGGCAUCUUUCUUACAAUUAAACUACUUGAAACAUGGUGUCAGAAGUCUGAAUCCAUGUCUUCCUGAUACAUUUGAAGCAUACUCCCAAAAGCUAAGCAGUAGAAGCAUGGCAGCUGCUAACAGUAUACCUCUGCCUGAGGCCAUGAGAGUGAAUAGAGACUGCGGCAGCAAUUGGAAUAGGUUCAGGGCAGAGUUUGAAGACUACGCCUUAGCUACAGGCUUGGAUGAUGUCAGCAGCAGUUCAAGCUGCCACAUUAAGAAGAUUGAUGGGCAAUGAAAGCCUCCACAUCUACAAGACACAAUUUAAUCCUUUCUGUGGAGCAAGAAAGAGAUAUCGAAGUUAUUCUAGACGCUUUAGGGACUUAUUUCAGACCUCUUAAAAAUGUUACCUUUGAACGAUACAUAUUUGACAGCUGCAAGCAAGAAAGUGAAACGAUAGAUAGCUUUAUCACACGCUUAAAGGAAAAAGCAGCCAGUUGUGACUAUGGCCCCUUAAGGGAUGAACUCAUUCAGGACAAACUUUUUGGUGUUACUAGUCAAAGCACACACCACCGUCUCUUGAGGGAGCAUAAUUUAAGCCCACAAGCAGCAAUUGAGAUGUGUCGGUUUAUAGACCUUACUGACAAACAUCUGAGAGUUCUGGAGCAGGGUAAGGAUUGUGUUAAUACAGUCUCUAAACAACAGCCAAGUAUGAUGAAUUAUCAAUACAAGUACCAGCAUAAAAGGAGGUUUUAUAAUUCAACUGUAAACAAUCAAGUAGCAAGCAAGUAUUGCAGCAGUGUGUAUAUACAAGAGAGAGUGCAGUGCUCUGCACAUGGAAAAAUCUGCAGAGCGUGUGGGAGGCUAAAUCACUUUGCAAAAGUGUGUCAGGCAUGGAAAAGGGAAGUGAGGAAGCUGCAUACAAUUGAGCAAAACGUCAGACUCUGAGAAUGCAUCUCAGGAGGAUGCAUCCUUGUUUACCACAGAUGCGGUUUAUAGGAAAGAAUGUAUCAGUGCAAUUCACUCCAAAGGCAAAAAAUUUGUGAGUCUUAGUUUUAACAACAUAAUUCAACCCUGCCAGCUGGACUCAGGUGCAACCUGUGAUGUUACGAGUCUAAAGGACAAAAUGAAACUGGCACCUGAGAUACUUCUUCAGCCUAGCAGUACUAAAUUGAAGUUAUAUUCAGAAAAACUAAUGAACUUACUGGGCCUAUUUCAAACAGAAUGCAGCAUACGUGGGGAUAUUUAUAAACUUGAAUUUGAGAUUGUGGAAGCUGAUCAGAAACCAUUAUUGUCAGAAUCAACAUGUGAGUACUUGGGGUUGAUGCAGUUUAUCAUUCUGGCCGAGCUACACAAUGUUGUGAGUUACUCACCUAAAUCUCUGGUGGGGCCAUUGACAAAACAGCAAAUCCUCCAAGUAUAUCAGGAGGUAUUUGAGGGCCCCGUGUAUUUGUUCCAGGAGAGGUUCAUUUUGAACUUGACCCUAUUUCCCCAGUGCAAAGUGCACCACGCAAUGUGCCUAUAGCUAUUAAGCAGCAGGUUAAAGCACAACUGGAUAAGUACGAGGCAGAAGGGCAUAUUACAUCAGUAACUGAGCCCACUGACUGGAUAAGCAACAUAGUUGUUAUUAGGAGGCUGGAGAAGAUUAGAGGAUUCAUGGCAGUGAAUCUCAUACAUUGAACACGA